AUGAACUUGUUUUUGGGCAAAGCAGUGUUGGGACAAGUGUUUCCAUAUCCAUUGAAUUUGGACGAUGAGCGGCGUGAAAUGCUUCAAAUGGUUUUGGCACCAACUGAGAAAUUUCUCGAAGAAGUUAACGACCCUUUUAAGAAUGACGAAACUGCAUUAAUUCCCUCUGAAAAAUUAGAUCAAUUUGCGGAAUUGGGAGCUUUUGGAGCUGUAGUUCCUGAAAAAUUUGGUGAAUUGCUGAAAUUGUUGGUGCAAAUGAUCUCGGACUUGGUGUUACUAUGGUCAAUUGGCUACAAAGGUAUUUUGUUGUAUGGCACUCCUGCUCAACAAGAAAAAUAUUUACCCGAUUUGGCAACUGGGAAACGAUUUGCUGCUUAUUGUCUCACAGAACCUAGUUCUGGUUCUGAUGCAAAUUCGAUUCAAAGCCGUGCACAAAAGUCAGAAUGUGGCAAAUUCUAUAUACUUAAUGGCGGAAAGAUUUGGAUAAGUAAUGGUGGAAUUGCAGAUGUUUUUACUGUAUUUGCUCAGACUCCAAUAUCACAACCUGAUGGCUCUACAAAGGAUAAAGUUUCUGCUUUUAUAGUUGAAAGACAAUUUGGAGGGGUAACAAAUGGACCUCCAGAGAAGAAAAUGGGAAUUAAAGGGAGUAAUACAACAGAAGUACAUUUUGAUAAUGUAAAGAUCCCUGUAGAGAAUCUUUUGGGUGUGGAGGGAGAAGGAUUUAAAGUAGCAGUGAAUAUAUUGAAUAAUGGACGUAUUCCCGCAGCAACAACUGGCUCAAUGAAAUAUUGUAUUCAAAAAACAAUUGAACAUGUCAAUCAACGUGUACAGUUUGGAAAGAAGCUUAAGGAAUUUGGACGUAUUCAGGAAAUUUUAACUGAUAUGGUUAUUCGACAUUAUGUUGCCGAGAGCAUUACUUAUAGUUUGGCUUCCAAUAUGGAUGCUGGUGCUACGGAAUAUCAAUUGGAGGCUGCAAUAGGUAAAAUUGUCAGUUCAGAGAAUGCUUGGCAGGUGUGUGAUGAUGCUAUACAAUUACAUGGUGGAAUGGGAUUUAUGCGUGAAUGUGGAUUAGAGCGAGUACUUCGCGAUUUGUAA